CCCACGAAGAAGAGCGAAACAAAGCACUCCAGUAUCUUCAGACCUCUGCAGAGACACAGAGGAUGAUGCUGAAUCAAAUAGAGGAGAUAAGCAAGAGGCUUAAGCAGAGUGUACAGAGUUGUUCUGAAGUUCAGGAAAAGCUGAGUGAAGCUAACAACAAGAUCAGCCAUGCUUGUCUGGACAAAGCUGUCUUGUCGACACAAGUGCUGAAACUGGAGGACAAUAUAAAAGAACUGAAGGCCAAAUUGAUAGAAGUUCUGUCUAACAAAGAUCACCUGAUGCAGGAGAAAAAGGACCUUCUCCAAAGGGUCUUGGAAAUGCAGCAGGAGAGAACCACACAUGAUCCCCAUGACUGUCUCCAUCAGUCUAACAAUAACCAGGACAAAGAAACUGUCUUGAUAAAGGAGGAAUUGACAUUUCUCAGACAGGUAAAUGAAAAGCUGAGAGGAGAACUGGAAAGCAUUGAGCAGAGUCUUGAAAUAUCACAACAUCAGCUACAUGAGCGAAAAGAAGAGAGAAUUACAAACGCCAAACACAUCACAGAUUUGGAGGCAAAAUGUUCUCAGCUGGUCAGAGAAAAUGACGAACUGCUGAAUAAAAUGAAUGAAAAUGGGCACAACAGCCCGACUGAGGCAAAAGAAAAAUGCUGCCAGCACAGGGAAUCUGUGGAAGUUUUGGAGUUAGAAAAGCAAAAACUGCAGGAUCAGUGUUUGUAUUCGGAGGCUCAGGUCAGAGAGAAGGAGAAUGUGCUGCAUUUGCAGAAGGAAGAGUAUCAGAAACAAGAUGCAAUGAGAGUCCAGCACAUUGAGGAACUCAAAGCUGUGGUCUCACAUUGGACUGACAAAUGGCAAAGAGCGGCUUUGAGUCUGCAGUCCAAACAAGACGAACUUGAAGAAUUCAAGAAAAACAUAAACAAAAAGGUUUGCGACUCUUUGCUAAGGGCUGAGCUGGAUGCAUGCAAACAGGAGCUGGAGCAAGAAAGAAGCAAGAAUCCGACUUUUCUUCAAAGAUAUGAAGACAAAGGUGGUGAAAUGGUGCUGAGUCAGACCGUUGACAGAGAGACGGAGACAGCCACAUCAGAGUCCUCUUUGAUAUGUGAGUCUCCAUCAGACUCCCAGAGCCACCAAAACAAAUCCCCCCAGGUUUUGAUACAAAGUCAUGAGGUUGAAAGACUGAGGCAGAAACUUGCAGAAAGAGAAAAAGAACUUAGUGAAAAAGAACAUACUUUGAAGAGUCUAGAAGGACUGAGGCAGAUGGAAAAAACUGAGGCUCAAAUUAAGAUUUCUGCUCUGGAGCUCAAGCUAAUGAAAAAGGUGUCUGAAGAUUGUCAAAACAAUGGAAGCCUGCAGACGGACUUCUCCAUUACUGACUCACUAAGAUUUCAGCUGGAUGAGAGCACGAGGAGGGCAGAGCAGCUGCAGCAAGAGAAAAUGCUGGCAGUCCAGAGGCUUCAAGCACUCAGACAACAGCUUUCCCCAGUUAAAGAUGAGACACCAUCUGUUGAAGGCAGGAAGGAUAAAACUUUAUGUACAGUUAAUCCAGAGACGGAGCAGCAAAGGAGAAUGGUCAAUGAGCAGUUAAAGUGCCUGUUUAAGGAGCGAGAAGGAAAGGAGACAGGAAAAGAAGCGAACGCGGCAGAAGCUGCUCAAAACCAGACUUCCACAUCUCUGGAUGUAAGGGGUACAGUGGACAGAAGAAACUGGCAGCAGGGCUCAGGUUUGACACCAGUGUUUGAGGAGGAUGAGGAGAACAGUGACUGGACGGGAGAGGAGGAAGAAGAUCCAGCAGAGGAGACUCAGGCUGGGUCUUAAGGUGCAAGCAGCCAAUCCAGCAUCCACAAACUGCAUCAGAACAAUCUUCUCACGUCUGUGAUGAGGGUGACCUGCAGCGGAGCCGCACACCUCCCCUUUAUCCUGAUGGAAUAUUCCUGGCUGAGAUUGUAGAUAUAUGUAGUCCUGAUGAAGGUGAAGAUGAAAAGGAGGGAAAAUUUUAGCAGUGUGUUUUGUGGUACAAAAGGCUUUAAACAAGUCUAUACAUAAACUGAUUGUUACAGCCUAAUUCAUCAGCUUCAUCUAUGUUUAAAAUAAAUUUUAGACAAACUGCUUUUUAAGUUUAGUAAAACGAUUG